AUGCUUGUCCUCCAGAACGGACCCUUGUUGCCGCUCGAGCUGCUGGGAAACUUGGCCAUUGUCCACGUGGAGCUUCCCAACGUGCUGCUGCUCAAGAUCGCCUGCCUUCUCGACGUUGAUUCUCUGGACAAUCUCGCCGCGACCUGCUCCACAUGCCGUGCUGUCGCGCGCAGUGAUGAUGCGGCAGACGCGCUCGUGAAGCACGCGCUGCCCUCGUUCCGCUGGCCCACCGAGGCACCCCUCACCUGCUGGUUCGCACGCUGCCUGUGCCGGACAUUCCAGCGGCUAACUCAGGCUGCCGACGCAGCAGACGAGGGGUGGAAUGCGGUGUUGUGGCAAGCGUCUGCGCUCGGCUGCGAGCACGGCGUGCUCCUUGCACUCGAUAGAGGCGCGGCGAUCGAAUACAGCGGCGGGCGUGGCAACGAUGAGGGGACUGCGCUCUGGUGCGCGGCGAAGUUCAGGCAGUACAACGUGGUCAAGCUGCUUCACGGCGCCCGUGCCAAUCUCGAGGCUCGCGGCGGCGUCAACACGAGGAGCACGCCCCUGUGGGUUGCAGCUCGGCAGGGCCACGCUAACGUCGCUGAGCUCCUGCUUGAGUGUGGCGCGAACGCGUUAGCGCGGAGCCGCAAUGGCAAUGGCCACUCUGUCCUCGACGUGGCCAUGCAAGCGCUCGCAAACGACCGUGGAGAUGCCGAGAUGGCCGACCUGGUGGAUAUGCUGCGGGUGAUGUAG